AUGCCGGCUGGAGGUAAAAUGCGGGAGGUUGUUUCCCUUCAUGUUGGACAAGCUGGAGUUCAAAUUGGAAACCCUGAUGGACGAAUGCCUGCGGAUGACACUGUUGGCAUUGAAGACCAUUCAUAUAAUACUUUCUUCUCUGAAACACCUUCAGGUAAACAUGUUCCUCGAGCAAUUUUCAUUGAUUUGGAACCAACUGUUAUUGAUGAGAUAAGAACAGGAACUUAUCGACAGUUGUUUCAUCCAGAACAACUUAUUACUGGCAAAGAAGAUGCUGCAAACAAUUAUGCACGUGGCCAUUAUACCAUUGGAAAGGAGUUAAUUGAUGCAACUAUGGACCGAAUUCGAAGAACAGCUGAACAUUGUAAUUCAUUGCAAGGCUUCCUUAUAUUCCAUUCAUUUGGAGGCGGUACAGGUUCUGGCUUUACCUCAAUGAUGAUGGAACGUUUAUCAGCAGAUUUUGGCAAGAAAUGUAAACUUCAAUUUAGCGUCUACCCAGCACCGCAAAUUUCUACAUCAAUGGUUGAACCAUACAAUUCUGUACUCUCUACACAUACAACAUUGGAACAUUCAGAUUGUUCUUUUCUGGUUGAUAAUGAAGCAAUUUAUGAAAUUUGCCGAAAAAAUUUGGAUAUUCACCGUCCAACCUACACAAAUUUGAAUCGUCUUAUUGCACAAGUUGUUUCUUCUAUUACAGCUUCCCUACGUUUUGAUGGAGCUUUGAAUGUUGACUUGACAGAAUUCCAAACAAAUUUAGUUCCAUAUCCACGAAUCCAUUUCCCUCUAGCUACUUAUUCUCCAAUCAUUUCUGCGGAAAAAGCAUUUCAUGAACAUAUGAAUGUACCUGAAAUAACCAACAAAUGUUUUGAAGCUGGACAUCAAAUGGUUAAAUGUGAUCCUAGAAAUGGAAAAUAUAUGGCAUGUUGUCUACUUUUUCGUGGAGAUGUUGUACCGAAGGAUGUAAAUGCAGCAAUCGCAACAGUCAAAACAAAACGAGCUAUUCAAUUUGUGGAUUGGUGUCCAACAGGUUUUAAAGUUGGAAUUAAUUAUCAACCACCUACGGUUGUGCCGGGUGGUGAUUUGGCUAAAAUGCAACGUGCUGUUUGCAUGCUUUCGAAUACUACAGCAAUUGCAGAGGCCUGGACUCGCCUUGAUCACAAAUUUGAUUUAAUGUAUUCAAAACGUGCAUUUGUUCAUUGGUAUGUUGGUGAAGGAAUGGAAGAAGGUGAAUUUUCUGAAGCACGCGAAGAUAUGGCUGCUUUAGAAAAAGAUUAUGAGGAAGUGGCUUUUGAUACACAUGAAGAAGAAUAUUGAAAAAAAAUUG